AUGCCGUGGCCGUUUGGGCGAAAGAGUGGACGAGCCGCUAAAUUAAAAGAGGGUCGCGCCGCCGCGGCUGCGGACAGGAGCCGGCCUGUCACAGAGCAAACCAUCGUCGCCCAGGGCGAAGGCAGCGAUGCCCUGCAACAUCGGCCCGGCCAGCGCGGCGGACGCCGGAGAAGGACGAGUUCGCGCUCCACGGCGUCAUUGCACGACGUCGAGAAGUCCAAUCCUUUCAGCGACCCACCGCGCGACCCUGGCUUUGCAAAAGAGGCGCGUCUGCCCAACCCCAACACGAGCGCUGAAGACAUCACCGCCCUGCCACACCACUCUCGCCUCGCCCACUCUCCUCACCUACGGCCUGUGACCCAGGACUACAGCGCAGCGCCCUACCACUUCUACUCUCCUUCACACACAAGCCUGCACACGGCAAGAGAGCGGGGGAAGCUGCAGCGACCCCAGUCGCUGCGCAGGGGUCCCCCCAACGCAACAUCCCUGGCCCGCCGCAAAUCUAGCAAAAAGCGCAAGGAGCAUGAUCACAUACGCGAAGAGGAGAUCCGCGCGAUGACUCUACCAAUGCCACAGAAACGACCUGCUGCCAACUCUGGCGGCAUGUUGCGAAGAGACAGCAAGAAGGUCAAGGCCGGCCUCAACGCACGCUUCGAGCGCCCGCAGUCCAUCAUCUCGCUGCCCCUAGAAGACUCGAUACACUCGUCCAUGUCCGGCAGUUCCGAGCUUCGUGCCUUCAGCGUCAGCGCCCUCGACAUUUUCGCACCACGACCAACUAUCCGAUUCUCCGUUGGCUCGCAAUACUACUAUGGCGGCGAUCGCUCGUCACCAACCGCUCGCCUAGAAAGGGGCAACUCUCGCAGCGAGAGGAGGCCCACCAGUUCGGCGCAAGACAAACAAUGGAAGAGGACAAGCAGGAUCGAUGACCUUGCCGACACGCUCGAUGCCGGUGCGCUGCGCGAGAUUCUGGACCGGGACAAGCGGCGCCAGGAGAAGAAGGCAAAGGCAGAUCAAGAGCGUCUGCGUCGUCGACUCGAACGACGUGCCGAACAACAGAAUGCUGUCGUAGAAGGCACACCGCCAGCACCUAUUCGGAGUGAUGCCGUAGGAGCUAUCGGACUCGGCAUCGAGAAAGAGGCAGCAGUGUCCAUGCAAGAACCCUCACUACCCACCCAAGAGCCUGUGGUGCCAAUGGAGGAUAUACGCCCAGCAACCCCUUCAACGCCACCAUGGUUGCGGCCCCUCACGCCACCGCCCCUACUUCGUCUCGAGACAUCGGUGUCCACCACUCCCACUGGCAACGAUAAUGGCCAACUGCCCACUCCAAUAGAAACACCCAUGGAGGACAUGAUCAUCUCAAACGCCCAAGCCGUUCGCUACUCUCGAGGCAACGUUGCUGGUCCCGUCCACACUCGAGGACCAUCGAAUGUCUCGAUGAUGCCAGAGUUGCUCUCCGAGAGGCUGGCUGAAGAGUCACCUUUCGAAUCCGUCGAACCAUAUCAUGACCCCACGAGAAGCGGGUCGUUACAUCCUGUCGAUACCAUCGACACAACGACAUCCAAGCAGGGCUCUAGUUUCCGCCGCCGCAGCUCAGAGGGGCGACGGAUGAGUGCGUUUGCCUCGUUUUUUCGACGAGGCAAGCGAAGCUCUCAAGAGCCGGGACGUGCCACUCCUUCAGAAGCUUCAUUCUCCAACACGUCGCGAGAGUCAAUGUCUCGCCAGCCACUUCCAGCUCAUCUGGUUGCAACUGUACCGACCGCUCCAAUUCAGAUCAAAAGACCGUCCAGCGUCCCUCGUCGUACAAUGUCCAAGUUUAGAGAAGACCUACCUGAAUUUCCUAUUUCUCCACCCGAUUCCCGGGUGGCGUCACCGGAGGUACCUUCGACCAGUGCCAUCGCUGCGCGUCGCCGAGCGCACAAUCCAGCAGACCUCCGUGUCGGCUCGGUCGGGUUGGCAGCCAAUGCUCGUUCGGAUUCGCCCGUAAGCCCAGGUCUACCACUUGGCAACAAGAUGUCACAAUCGCUUGCGUCAGUGGAUUCAGAGGGAUCAUGGUUAUCAGGCAAGCCAGUCAACCGCAUAUCGAACAAGUCUAUGAUGCGGUCCAGCGUAUCCUCCUCGGCCAUCCAGCAGAAUCCUGACUUCAACAAUUCUUUCGAAGAGCUAGGAAUGGCAGAUGACGAGUACUUCAAAAGACUAACUCCCCAGACCGAUGAGCUUCGCCGAUCCAAUCUGUCGAGCGGUCUCAUGGUAAGGAAAGCCAGCAGCACUGCCAUGGCCACUCUCGAUGCUGCUGCCGAGUCUGACGAGGAAGACGAGGCUAUAGCGCCUGCACGAAGGUCCGAAGACAGCGAAUAUGUCAAAGAUGGCGUUGCGCGCCAGCCUACUGUUGUACAUCGCAACGUCCGUGUCAAGUCUGCAGAGGGCUUGCUUACCAUGUUUGACGCGGAUGCGCCAUCGCCCGAAGAAUCCCGGAAAACGCUUGACAUGGAGCCGGACUCGCCACAAUCAGAUGAUUCAGGCGAGCAAGCCACGGUACAACGUGCAAAGAGCGUGGAUUUUGCAAAACACCACGUGCGGCACCUCAGUGCCGGCUCGGCCAAGCUUUUGGACAUACAAAAGCGAUCGAGCACAGCCUCACACAGCAGGUUGUCUCAGCACGAGUAG